UUUUGCAAUGCCUGAGUCUCCUCAGUCAGAGGGCUCUGGGGAAAACCUCGUGUAAAGAGCCCAGCGCGAGUGGCCAGAUGUCUAAGGCUUGGCCAGGGACCUGAGAGGGCUGUAGUGUGACAGAACAGAGGUGCACUGCAAGGAGCUGGGCACAAGAUUGCCUCAGCUAGGGAAUAUGGAGUGGAGAUCUCCUGACUGCAAAACGUGUCUUUCCCUGGGGUUUCUUCUGCUCUGGGCUUUCCUUCCUCUUGGGAUACCUGGCAAAGAAGUGAAUCUCCUUGACACAAGAGCUUCUCAGAAUGAGCUGGGCUGGUUGCCAGAUCCGGAAUCUGGGUGGGGGGAGGUUCAGCAGAUGAUAAACGGCACCCCGGUAUACAUGUACCAGGAUUGCAGCGUCCUUUCAGAGGGUGACACGGACCACUGGCUGCGCACCAACUGGAUCUUCCGAGUCCAGCCCUUUUCCCGUGUCUACGUGGAGCUGAAAUUCACCAUCCGGGACUGCAAGAGCUUCAAAGGGGAGAUGGUCAGCUGCAAGGAGACCUUCAACCUCUACUACAUGGAGUCAAACGGAGACGUUGGCAUCCAAUUCCGCCGCCCACUCUUCACCAAGGUCAACACUGUAGCAGGAGACCGCAGUUUCACGGAUCGGGACGUUGAGCAGGGCACUCUGCAACUGAACACAGAGAUAUCCCCUAUCAAGAAUUUGCAUCAGCGUGGAUUCUACCUGGCUUUCCAGAACUCUGGGGCUUGUGUUGCAUUGGUCUCAGUGAGAGUGUAUUAUAAGACCUGCACAGAAACGAUGCAUGGACUGGCAAACUUCCCAGAGACACUGGCAAGCUCUGAAGGGUUGACAAGAGUGCCUGGCGUCUGUCUUGAAAAUGCAGUUGAGGAAGUGGGGCUUGCACCCAAGAUGCACUGCAGUCCUGACGGAGAGUGGUUGGUUCCGGUGGGCCAUUGCCUGUGCAUCCCUGGCUUUGAGGAGGCUGGUGGAAGAUGUGUCACUUGCCAGCCAGGAUUCUAUCGUCACUCGACGGAGAUGGAUCAGUGCCUCAAGUGCCCCCCCAGCAGCUCCUCCGGUUCUCCUGGGGCCACGUCCUGCCCUUGCCUCAAAGACUACUUUCGGGCGCCCGAUGAGGACCAAACUGCAGCUUGCACACGCCCCCCUUCUGCUCCACGCAAUCUCAGCUCCACCUUUUCGGGGAGUCAGCUUUCCCUUGCCUGGAAGCCACCCAUCGACCACGGCGGCCGCAAGGAUCUCUCCUACAGCGUCACUUGCGAGAACUGCAGGCUUCUGUUGUGUGAGCCUUGCGAGACCAGCGUGGCUUUUUCCCCCAGCGCAUCAGGCCUGACCAGUCCGUCUGUGGUUGUGGAUGGCCUGGAGGCUUACAACAAUUACAGCUUCACCGUACGAGCUCAUAAUGGGGUGUCAGCUCUCAGCCCCACCUCACACAGCAGUGCCAGUUCUGCCAUCCAGGUCUCAGUGGGGCCUUCAGCUCCUAUCAUGGUGUCCUACCUCAGUAUGGUGAAGCGGAAUGAUAGCAGCCUCUCUGUGACUUGGCAAGCGCCACGUGUUCGCAGCCAGAAUGCUGUGAGCUUCGAGGUCAUGUAUUUCGAGAAGGGAGAAGAGAAACACUACACUGUCCACCACCUCCAGGAACCCAAAGUGACCUUGGUAAAUCUGCAGCCCGAUACAGCCUAUGUUUUACGGGUGCGCUCCGUCACCUCCUUCGGAAAUGGACCGUUUUCACAGGAACAGGAAUUCCGUACCCUGCCUCAAGAGACUGGGGCGCCUUCUGGAGGAGUGAUUGUCUGCAUUAUCUUUGGAAUCCUGCUGGCUGUCGGUCUGGUUGUGGGAUUCCUCGUCUGUCGGCGAAGACGUGGUUAUCAUCACCGAGCAAGACCCAGCAACGAUCUCUCCUGCUACGACCGAGAUGAGAUCUGGCUGAAACCUUACGUAGAUCUCCAACCCUAUGAGGAUCCCAGUCGAGGAGUCUUAGAAUUCACAAAGGAGUUGGAUCCAUCUCUCGUCAACAUUGAGACCGUUAUCGGUGAAGGGGAGUUUGGGGAGGUCUAUCGAGGAGCUCUGCGCUUAGCAGGGAAGGAUCGUGUUGUUGUGGCCAUCAAGACCUUGAAGUCAAGUUACUCAGACUCGACAUGGUGGAACUUCCUGCGUGAGGCGACCAUCAUGGGCCAGUUUAAUCACCACAACAUAGUGCGGUUGGAGGGAGUUGUCACAAAACGGAAACCCAUGAUGAUUAUCACAGAAUACAUGGAAAAUGGAGCUCUGGACGCUUUCUUACGGGAGCACAUAGACAAGUUCAGUGCGGUGCAAUUAGUCACCAUGCUACAAGGCAUCGCCGCGGGGAUGACCUACUUAUCGGAUCGCAACUACGUCCACCGAGACCUGGCAGCCCGUAACAUUCUGGUUUCUCAAAACCUUCAGUGCAAAGUAUCCGAUUUUGGUCUUUCUCGAAUAUUGGAGAACGACGUGGAAGGAACUUAUGAAACCAAGGGCGGCAAGAUCCCCAUCCGGUGGACAGCUCCAGAAGCCAUAGCUCAUCGGAUCUUUACCUCAGCCAGCGACGUGUGGAGUUUUGGUAUUGUCACGUGGGAGGUGUUUUCCUAUGGUGACAAGCCAUAUGGGGACAUGAGCAAUCAAGAGGUGAUGAAGGGCAUAGAGGAUGGAUAUCGGCUCCCCCCACCCGUGGACUGCCCCUCCAUUCUUUAUGAGCUUAUGAAAGUGUGCUGGUCAUAUGAUCGGACGCGGAGGCCCCGUUUCCGGGAAAUCCACGCUCAACUGGAGCACUUCACUUCCAGCCCACACCUGCUUCGAACUGUAGCAGACUUUGACCCCAGGGUGACACUUCGACUCCCCAGCUGCAGUGGCUCUGAUGGGAUCCCCUAUCGGUCAAUCCCCGAAUGGCUGGAGUCCAUCCGCAUGAAACGGUACAUCGUCAACUUCCGCACAGCCGGCCUGAACACCAUGGAAUCCAUCCUGGAACUCACUGCCGAGGACUUGAAGCAAAUGGGUGUGACUCUUCCUGGCCACCAGAAGAGAAUCCUCUGCAGCAUCCAGGGCUUUAAGGACUAAAGGGGUCUUGUGGCACCAAACUGACACUGGGCUCAAGCCCACUGUGCUUUGGAGCUGUGCCCAGGAAGAGGAGAAGAGGGAUGGGACCAGCCAGACCAACCUUGUCCCAAGUUUUCUAUCAACCCGGGAGAUGGGCCUCAGACUCCUAGAACAAACAGUGGCUGCCCCGGCCCCCGUGGCUCUGCAGUGGUCCCUCCAAAGGAGAACAGGACAGGGGCUUGAGCUGCCCCAGGAAGGAUCCCCACUGAACACUCUUAUGCCAGAAAGUGACAUGUCUCCAGGGCACAGUUUUGCUUUCGUUUCCUGCCUCUCCUGCACUCUUCUCCACACUACGCCGUACUUCAGUCCCAGGCUUCCAAAACCUGCAGCAGCUCUCCCAACUCAUUUCACAUCUAGUACAAAAGCUGUGGCUGCUUAAGAUGUGUCUUAACCCUGAAGAUGCCUUCUUCGAGCAGGAAGCAGGAGUGGGGAAAAACUUCCAAUGGUGUUUGUGGAGCAGGCAGACGCGUGUCUGCCAGAGGGACAUGUGGUGUCACAUGUCCCCAGGCGCACACCAUCUAGUCACAUGGGAA